AUGAGUCAGAAUAUUCCAGCGUGGAAGAAAAUUGGUUUGAAGAUCAAGGACGAUGUGCAAGAUGAUCCAAUAGCUUUGACAACACAUAUAGAAGAUGUCAAGGUAACGAACAAACAAGCUAAAAAGCUCAAUAAACAGAAAAGAAAGUUAGAAGAAUCAAACAAUGAUGACAAAAGAGAACCUAAAAGAGUUAAGCUACCUAAGUCCGAAAGAGCUCCUCCACCAGAAAAGGAUCAAUUGGCCUAUUUGCGUCAAUAUGAGAAUGAUAAGUUGAAUUGGAAGUUCAGUAAACAGAAACAAAAUUGGAUAUUAAAGAACAUUAAGAACAUACCGAAAGAUUACGAAGCUGCAUUACAGUCCUACCUUGAGGGCUUGCAAGGAGGAUCCAGGAAAAGGGUGGUGGACGACUUGAUGGAGGUUAUCAAGAAGUGGAACAAAGCAGCAGAAGAAGCGGAAGCAAGAGUCGAGAGAGAAAUACAAAGACAACUCAGCGGCGAGACAACCAAAGAUGAUGAUGAGGAUGAAGAAAAAAAUGAGGAUAAAAAGGCUAAGCGUCAAACAUCUGAAUCAGAAGAGACAGUCCCAGACUAUGAUUAUGCGAAGAGAUGCGGUGUACUUGUUAAAAUUCUUAACGAUGAAGAUAUAGAGUUGAAAGGUAUCGCGAUAACUGAUGACGAUAUUAAAAUUGGUGGAAUCGGCGAAGAUAGCGAACAGCUGACUGAAGUAACCGAAGAAAUUAAACAAACCGACGGCGAGGAAGAAGAAGGCAAUAAAGAAAGUGACAAUGUCCAAGAUAACCUUACGAUCGAUGAAGUAGAAGUCUCGGGUUUGUCAAAAAGUGAUGGCCACAUUGAUCGUAUAGAACGUAACAAAGAAAAAUCCAAUGAUAUCUCAAGAGAGAAAGAAUCUCAUGAAACCACAUCAGAAGAACCUGCAUCAGAACAAGAAUUACAAGCAAAAGAAGAGAAGAAAGAUAAAUCUAAAAAGAAAAAUAAGGAUAAAGUUAAGGAUCUGUCUGAGGGUAAGAUAACUAAGAGUAAAAAAGAUAAGAAAGAGAAGAAGAAGGAUAAGAAGAAGAAGAAUAAAGAUUGA